AUGGCGGGUCUGGCAAAAGUCCAGCUGGUCUUGGGCCUGCUGCUGAGUCUCAAGCUCGAGCCGUGGACGUGCGCUGUAUCUCAGGAAGUUGAAUUGCACCUCGACUUGAAUGCUUCCCUCCACCUGGACGGGGCUCGCGACCUGGUCAUCCAAGACAAGAAAAUUCUGACUGCAUUGGCCACGCUUGAAGCACAGGUGGCAAACUUGACGGCGCGGCUGCCACCCGAUGGGAUUGCCGUGCGUGUCGAUGUCAACGACACCGUUCAUGUCGAAAGCAAUCGCCCUGGCCAACGCGUUUUGUUCAACGGGGUUGAUGUUUUGGCUCUGGAGGCGCGUGUCCAAAAUGCAGAGUCGCAGUUGGCGCGGGCCGCUGCCGCCUUUCCUGGUGCGUUGGUGCCGGCCAUCAACGUGAUUGGAGGCCGAUUUUCGGACCGCACGACCAUUACGUCGGUGGAGCGUCUGGUCUCGCCCACAGCAGGUUGGCAACGGUCAACACCCACGCUUCCGGGCAUUGGGCUGGUGGCCAUGGCCGCCGUGACCUUUCGGGGCCAGGUCUAUUUGUUGGGCGGAUUUGACGGCAAUAAAAGCGUCUCAACGGUGCACAUUUACAAUGGGGUGACGUUUGAAACUGGUCCCCCCCUGCCCCAGGGGCGGUUUGGUGCUGCUGCGGCCGUGCAUCACGACAGCAUUUACCUCAUGGGCGGCCGCGAAGGGUCCUGCACGGCUUCAGUCUUGCUGUACAAUGGCCGUGCAUGGCUGCCUGCACCGAAUCUGGACGAGCAGCGGUGCUCGCCGUCGGCUGCCGUCUUUCGUGACCAGCUUUACGUGCUCGGAGGCUGGACGGGCACAACCUUUCUCAAUACGGUCGUGGUGCUGAGCGAUGGCGCCUGGAUUGAGACGGCCCCCAUGCUGGUAGCUGCUCGCGCGCGCAGUGUGGCUGUCUUCCAGGAUAGCCUCUAUGUUCUGGGGGGUGGCAUCGACGCUGACGUGACCACCGUCACCAGCGUGGAGUCGUUCAAUGGUACGACUUGGGUGUUUCGACCUUGCCUCCCCACGCCCCGCGAGAGUCUGGCUGCCGUCGCCUGGGCCAACCAGCUCUUUGCCAUCGGUGGUGUCAACGACGAUAAAGCCACUGAUGCCGUGCACGUCUUCAAUGGCACGGCCUGGAGCGUCGGCCCGUCACUCCUGACGCCGCGUAAUUUCCCUGUGGUCGUCCUCUAUCCCCCGUUCUGA